AUGGAUCGAAUCAGCAAUCAACCAGACGAGAUCAUUUGCCACAUCGUGUCAUUCCUUUCGGCGAAGGAUGCUGCGUUCACGACGGUUCUCUCAAAGCGGUGGCACAAUCAGUUUACCAUCAUACCGGAUCUAAAAAUUGAGAAUGCCUCGGAUAAGGAUGGAGAGCGUUUCAAGACCUUUUUGGAUGGAGUAUUGGCUCUACCAGCAAGUACCCGUGUAAGGAACUUCUCUUUAAACUGGUGGGAUGUUGAUGAGUCUGUUCACUAUGAUCAUAUCAACACUUGUCUACGUCAUGUGUUAAACCAUGGUGUCUUGGAUCUUGCACUGUGGAUAGGUGGCGUACAAGGAUAUUCACUUCCUUUUCAAGUCUUCACUUGCAAGACAAUUACAAAACUGUCACUAGGGUUUGGUUUUGCUAUUGACAUCCUCCCUCCGAAUGCUUUUCUUCCGGCUCUCAAAACUCUUUCUCUUUUCUCGGUUAUGUUCCGUGAGUUUGGUGGUCGCUGUGCGUUCAAAACGCUGCUUGGUGCGUGUCCUCUGCUUGAGGAACUAACCUUGCGUGAUAUCAACUGGCAACAUUGGAAAUGGUCCCGCACUGUUACUAGUCUCAGCCUUAAGAGGCUCACUGUUACACGUAAGGAGUGGGAUGCUUUUGAUGACUCUGAUUUUACGAGCAUUAGUUUUGACACUCCAGGUCUUGCCUACUUACACAACUCGGAUUACGUUCCAAGAGAGUUUCUAAAUGUUAAUUUCAGCUCCCUUGUUGAAGCUAAGCUCUAUCUUUGUCCCGAAGAAAAUUAUAUGUGGGAAGAAUCGGAUAGAAAUCGUUUUCGUCCAAAGAAUCUGCUCAACGGGUUAAAAGAUGUUGAGAUUCUCAACUUGUAUACCAUUCAAACAGCAAAGCUUGACUCGAUUUCGGUUUGGUUUAUUGGAAGCAAACCGUACCAAUCGAGAAAAGAAAAAGAAACAUCUUCUCUGGACUCUCGAGUAAGAAGACUGUUCGUUGCGACUGAUGAGCAAGUGAAGAAGCAGAAGAAGAUCAAGAUGAGAACGAAAUCGAUUCCGGCUAGGUCUCGGAACAAGUCUCUCAUUCCCUCUCGAUCCCUUCCGGGAAGAUUUGGUUCCGGAGAGAUUAAUCCAGAUACUAGUGAUGAUGAUUAUGAAAGAGAUGAUGUGGCACACGAGAAGCGUCAUUUUCGUCUUGAGAAAGGUGAUGAGACAGGAAAAUCGGAGACGCUGGAAUUCGAUGCGUGUAUCGUGUGUGAAGUCUCAGACAAUCUUGUAAUCCGUUGUUGUGGGGUGGAUUGUAUGGUUCAUUAUCACGACAAGUGUUUGACUCCUGAGUUCGGUGGUAACGAGGAUCUUUCGAAUCCAUUUUGUCCCUACUGCUGGUUAAAAAUUGUAUCACAGAAGUGCAAAUCAUUGAGAGAGGAGGCCAUUGAGGCGGAAAAGGCAGUCUUCAAGUAUCUAGAGAAAGAGAAGGAUGAUGUUAAGGAAAGUGUUCCCAAAAGUCAAGAAGAGCAUUCAAGGAAGAGUAGAGACAUUGCAAGUGAGGAUCAAGCUGACAAGGAUUCUCAUAAACCAGAAGAGGAUGAAGGGAAGUUACAAGUGGUUACUGGUAUGAAAGAAUAUAAUCUGAUAGACGAGGAGGUUGAAGCAUCAGAAGACGAAGAGAGGGUUGCUACAGAACACUUCCAAGACGAUGAGGAGGAGGACGAAAGAGCUCAAGUUGAAGCUAGAGUCAGUACAGGGGCAGGGGAAACAAGAGAUGCUUCAUCGGAUUCAGGGGAAGAACAUGACGUGGUCCAACCGAAUGAUGAGAAGCAAGGAAGAAGUAGAAAAAGAAGAAGGGUAGAAUUGAGUGAUAGUGAUAGUGAUAUCUUAUUAACUGAGGAACGAAAUGGAGAAGAUGUAACUGAGCAGGAGAGAGAAGCCAGCGCAGCAACAGUGGCUGCUGCUAAGUUAAAGACAGCGAGGGACCUUUCGUUUUUUAACAAGGAUAAGAAAAGGAGAGUACUUUGGACGCCCGAAGAAGAAGAAAUGCUCAAGGUGGGAGUGGAGAAGUUUGCAGCACAAGUAAACAAGAACAUGCCAUGGAGGAAAAUUCUUGAAAUGGGAGAGAAUGUGUUCAACCAAACACGUACUCCGUCUGAUCUCAAGGACAAGUGGAGGAAUAUGAUCAAGGCACUCCACUAG